AUGACAGAUCAAACUUCAGGCCAUAAGCCUAUACCAAACUCCACCAAGCCCUUCUGGCGGGUUCAACUUCAUGCUCUGGACAAGCAUCGAAGUACAUCCGACUUACCUACUGAAGCCGACAUUGUCAUUAUUGGCAGUGGUUUCUCUGGCUCCGCUCUGGCACAUUACAUCUAUGAAGACAAUCCAACCCCUCCAUCGGUCGUCAUCUUAGAAGCUCGAGAAGCUUGUUCAGGUGCCAGCGCGAGGAAUGGAGGCCAUUGCAAACCGGAGAGAUACUACCAACUCGCCAGCCACAUCAAGAAAUAUGGCGCCAAGAAGGCUAUUGAAGUCGCUCGCUUCGAGAAGUCUCAAUUGCACGCCAUGAAAGAACUGGUCGAGAAAGAAAACAUCGACUGUGACUUUACCCUGACGCGAAGUUGCGACGUUAUCCUCGACCCGGGCCUGGCCAAAGCGACCGACGAGGCCUUUGCUGAGAUGGUCAAAGCAGGCGAAGCUGAUCUGACCGAUGUCUACCAUGCCAAAGCCAAAGAUGCCGAAAUGUUGUCGGGUGUCAAGGGCGCCUUGUCUGCUUUCACCGUCACUGCUGCGCACCUGUGGCCUUACAAGCUGGUCAUGCACCUGCUCCAGGGCGCCGUGAACAAAGGGGCAAAUCUCCAGACCAACACGCCCGUCACCAAGGUCUCUGACCAACCACUUCCGGAUGGACGGUGGCUGGUCGCCACACCACGAGGCAGCAUUAAGGCAAAGAAGAUCUUCUUUGCCUCCAACGCCUACACCCGCGACAUUGCUCCCCAGUUCGCAAGACAUAUUAUCCCCGUGCGAGGCAUCGCCAGCCGCAUCGUCGUCCCAGAGGGCAAGAAUCGGCCCUUCCUCCCUUACACAUACAACCUCCGUCAUGGACCUGGUCUCUUCGACUACCUCGCCUCCCGUGCCGAUGGCAGUAUAGUCGUCGGGGGAGCCAAACCUUUGUUCUGGCACGACCGAUCCCAUUGGUACAACGUCCACGAUGAUAGCAAGCUGAUCGAGUCUGCGAAGCCUUGGUUCGAUGGCUUGAUGCAACGCUCAUUUGCAGGUUGGGAGAACAGCGGUGCUUACACCGAGCGGGUCUGGACAGGAAUCAUGGGCUGGACAUCCGAUUUCAUGCCAUAUGUGGGCGACGUGCCCGGCAAGCCAGGGCAGGCCAUCCUGGCUGGCUACUCUGGCCACGGCAUGCCAAUGAUAUUGCUCUCUGCGCGGGGUCUGGUGCAGAUGAUGCAGGGAAAGUCCUUUGAGGAGGUAGGCAUCCCUGAAUUGUUCAAACCAACUGAGGAGCGCCUGGCCAGCACCAAGAAUGAGAUACUGGAUGGGAGCCACCCGAGCUCCAUGGGCGCUAGUAAAUUGUGA